ACAAAAGCCUGAAGAGUAAGAUGAUAUGAUAAGAAACAUGAUUUUCCUCAUCAGAAGAAAUCAUGAACCAUCAAUCCUCUGAACGGCUGUCUUGAAUCAAUCCACUUCAAUCACAUACGGCUUUUGGGCUCCACUCCUCCGGAGAUUCCCAUGAAACGUCAAAAUAAUCCAAAACCAGACAGGGUGAGUUGUCUUCUUGAGAGUAAGAAGGCAAAAGACAGAUCUUUAGGAAUUUUCUGGGUUGAUUUGAGGCUAAAAGAGCAGGAAAAGAUGGAGGUUGAAGGGAAGAAAGUGGCUGGUAAUGGUGGUCAAGGGAACACAGCAAGUGAAGUGGCUGCCUUGAAGAAGUGCUUGGAAGAGAACAAAGGAGAUCGUGCCAAGUGUAAGUCACAGAUUGAAGCAUUGAAGUCUGCUGUUGUUUCUCCAGAGAAAAGGGCACUGUCUCCACUGAGGUUGAGAACUGGUUCUUUGACUGAGGUUUAAAGCUCACAAAUUCUUGUCCUGAUUGCAAAGACUACAAGUUCUGUUGGAACCAUCAGCUAAUGUAGUAUCUAUAAUCUAUAAUAUGAUUAUGGGAUGAUCAGUCAAGACUCUUAUGUGAAACUUGAUAAUGGGAUUCUUGUUUCUGCAAUCUUAUGAGCAUUUGAUCCACA